UUUUCUUCCUCUUAUUUUCAAUUUCUCGUUUGGUGGAUACACUCAAGCUACAAUAUAUAUAUAUAUAAAAAGGACAGUGGCCAAACAAGAUUCUUUCAUGACAGAAAUCAUCAAAAGUGGCUAUCUUUCUGUGAAAGAAGAUGGGUUACGCUCAUGGAUUUGGUCUAAAAGAUACUUUAUACUUCGUGAUCAAGCUUUGACCUUACAUAGAAACGAACAAACUAACCAAUGUGUAGCAGUAAUCUUACUAAGGGAUAUUACUCAAGUGACUAGGACAGAUUUGAAACCAUAUUGUUUUGAAAUUGUGACUAAGGAAAAGACUUUCUUUGUUGCUUGUAAAAGUGAUCAAGACUUAUAUAGUUGGAUGGAUGAAAUCUACAACCGAUCUCCUGUUGGUGCCUCUGGUCCUACUAAUUUUGUACACGAAGUUCAUGUUGGUUUUGACCCUAUUACUGGUGCCUUUACAGGUUUGCCUGACCAAUGGACACAAUUAUUAAAAGGUUCUGCUAUUACAGCUGAAGAUGCUGCCAAAAAUCCUCAAGCUGUAUUGGAUGUUUUGGAAUUUUAUACUGAACAGACGAAACGGGAAGAAGAAGAAUCACAACAAUAUGAUCAUCAUCAACAACAAUAUCAACGUCCUUAUCAAGAUCAUCGCCCAGCUCCUCCCAAACCAUCCUCUCAAUCAAAUGCUAUGCCACAUCGACCUCCUCCUCGCCCUGCUCCAGCUCCUCCACCACUUUCACCUCUCUCUCCUCGACGACCUGAACGUGAUAUGCAAGAUAUGAUGGAUGAUAUGUCAAUUGGUCGUACACACAAUCCUCAUCUACCUACAUCACCAAGAUCUCCCAAUGGCCUUACUAGUGAUCACAUGCAAAAGAUUUCUGGCUAUGGUGGACGAACUAGUCGAGAAGAUCCUCGUUUCUAUCACAAUAACAAACCACCACCAUCACCAUCAGCAUACCCUCGCAUGGAACCAUCCAAAUCUUACAAUACUGACCACUCACGAUAUCCUCCUUCUAUGCGAACACCUGUCCGAACAAAUAGUACUCAUGUCCAUGAUGAACGUAGUGCCAUUUUUGAACGGGAACGACGUGAAAGGGAAAUGCGUGAACGGGAAAAGGAAAAACGGAUGCUUCGUGAGAAAGAAAAAGAAAAAGAACGAAUGUUACGGGAACGUGAGAAGACAGCUGCUUUAGUCUCUGCUGGUGCCCCUCCUAAGAAGAAAGUGGAACAACGAAUCAGUACUUUGACCGAAGCUCAAGUGAUGGAAAAGCUGCGUGCUGUGGUUAAUCGAGGUGAUCCAGGUGAUUCUUACAAACGUAUCAAACGAGUUGGUCAAGGUGCUUCUGGAUCUGUUUAUGUGGCUGCUUCUCUCGCAACAAAUGCCAAGGUAGCAAUCAAACAAAUGGAUUUGGCUCAACAACCUCGCAAAGAACUGAUAGUGAAUGAAAUCCUUGUCAUGAAAGAAUCUCAACAUCGAAAUAUUGUCAACUUUUUGGAUUCAUAUUUGGUCAAGAACAGUGAACUAUGGGUAGUGAUGGAAUACAUGGAAGGUGGAGCUUUGACAGACGUUAUUGAUAAUAACACCAUGACUGAACAGCAAAUCGCCACUGUUUGUUAUGAAACAACAGCUGGACUUCAUCAUUUACAUUGUCAAAAGAUCAUUCAUCGUGAUAUCAAAUCUGAUAAUAUUCUUCUCAAUUUCCAAGGACAUGUUAAGAUCAGUGACUUUGGCUUUUGUGCGAAAUUGAGCGAUCAGAAACGAAAACGAGCAACUAUGGUUGGCACUCCUUAUUGGAUGGCACCUGAAGUUGUGAAACAAAAAGAAUAUGGUGAAAAGGUGGAUAUAUGGUCUCUGGGUAUCAUGGCUAUUGAAAUGAUUGAAAAUGAACCCCCUUAUCUAGAUGAAGAACCACUCAAAGCACUUUACUUGAUUGCCACCAAUGGUACUCCUACUUUGAAAAGUCCAGAAAGUUUGUCUCGAGAACUCAAGAGUUUCUUGGCAGUAUGCUUGUGUGUGGAUGUUAGAUCAAGAGCUACUGCUGAAGAACUGUUGGAACACGAAUUCCUCAAGAAGGCAGGUCCUUUGGAAAUGUUGGCUCCUUUACUCAAAUUCAAGAACAACAAACAUUGAUGAUUUUUUUUUUAAUUUUAUUUAUUCAUUAUAUCCUUCUUUCCACUCUUUUUAUUUGAACAUCCUUCUUCCUUCUCCGUGUACUAUCUUGUCCCUUCUUUUGUGUCUC